UAAUAGAACUAAGUAGAAUUAGAAGUAAAUGUGAUUGUUAUUGAACGAUAGUGCAGUCGUUAUUGUCUAAAUGUAAUCAUAGAAAAAAAUAAGACGAGAUUUGCUCUCUGUGAUGCUCUAUAUUGUUUUACAACACAAACUACAGUAUUUAGCAAUUUGUUAUAGAUGGGGAAGAAAAGAAAUAUUCAACCUCCGCCAAUAACGCCAGGACGGAUAAAAGUAGAAAUAAAAAAUGAAAUAGGAGAUAGUGAUGUUCUUGUAGCAAGGGAUCGUUUAAAAGGCGCUCUUCGAGAGUUAUUACAUCAUAGUGAUACUGGUUCAUCAGCAGAGUCAGAUGACAGUCCUAUUUCGGAUUAUAAACAUCCCAUGAAAAAAAUGACAAAAUCCGUGAAUGUUCCACGGAGAGUCAGACGUCGUCGGCCAAUACAGACUGACACUGUGUUUCAUCAUACAUAUGUGAUGAAAUUAUUUGAUCGCAGUGUCGAUUUAGCUCAAUUUCAAGAAGACACACCCCUGUAUCCAAUAUGUCGUGCUUGGAUGGCCAAUCAACCGAGAAAUCCUCAUUUGGCCCCUAAAGUGCGUAGUCCAAGUCCAGAAAUAAUUAACGAAGUUAACACGGAAAAUAAUUUAAUUGGUACUGAUGGUGAGCUAAAUGAUGUCCAUUAUUUGCCACCUCCUUUGCCUCGUGAAGAAGCCAUACCAAGAAAUCGCAUUCCAUCCCCUAUACUUGAAGAGAAAGAUGAUUUGAAUUUAGAUUAUGAAGGACAAAUUCUCAAAACACGAGAGCAAUUAAUGAAAGAUCAUAUUGAACGAUGGAAUGCUAUACGCAAAAAAUGGCAUCAGCAAGCGCAUAAAAAUGAACAACGUUAUUUACAAAGUGCUACUAUACUUGGCACCAUUUUUACAAAAGCACAAUCGGAAUUUGAAUAGCAGAAAUAUGGCAGUCUAAUGACUGCCGGUUUUUCCGCCGCUAAUUCUGCUAAUUUUUAUUAUGUCAUCAAGGAAUAAUUUCUUAUUUGCUAUUUUUCUACACAUCUUCAUUUGAUGAGUGCAUGCAUAUAUGCAAAAGUGAUUAUACUUAUACAUGCUUAUAUGAAUGCAGUUUUUUUAUUUAUAAAGUCCAGAAGCAAAAUGUAAUCAUGUUUUAAUAAUAUUCCGAUAAUAAAUUAUAUAA